AGCGUCCCGAUCGUUCAUUCCUUUUCAUGUCGACAUAUCUCCAUUGUGCUUUCCCAUUAGCCUAUCUAGUAGUUAGCUCAUUCAAUUCGUUUCUGCAUCGAUGUUCAGACACCUUGCCCGGCCCGUUCGUCGGCUUUCCCACAGCGCAAGUCUCAGAAUGACAUCCACAAUUUUGGGCGCAUCCGGUAGCCAGUAUGUGCAAGGCGAAACACUCCACAAAAAUGAGAACGGCAGCCCUACCAUCUUCAAAGCCACGCGCGGAAAUGAGGCUGUCGUUUUCAAGCAAGAGUCGAAGUCGAUCUUCGAUCUGUCCCGGCGCCUCGCAGACGAGUUUACGGGCUCCCGUCGGCUUCGGAUGCCCAUUGACUUCAACGCGCAGGAUCGUAUUGUCGUUUACCCCUACUUCAGAGACACUCUACUUGGCUUGAUGCGGGCCGAUCCCGACUUUCCUCCGACGGAGCUAAAGAAGAUCCUACGGUGCGUAGGCGAGGCAAUCCAGGAGUUCCACGCCAAAGACUGGCUCCAUCUCGAUGUAAAACCUGACAACAUCUUCGUCAAUUGGACCUGUGACGAGGACGGGAACAAAACAGUCACCGAUGCGGUCUUGGGCGAUUUUGGCAUCGCUUACAAGCAGGUAGGAGCAACACCACUUCGGACAGGCGUUGCCCUAGGGAAUUUCAUGUGGCGAAGCCCAGAAGGACAAACCGGAAGUGGUAUGACAAAAGCAUCCGACGUAUUCUCGUAUGGACUGGUGUGUAUAUACGCUCUUGGGGGUGGGGACCUCCUGCUUUUAGAGGACAAGAAGGUGUUGGCAGAGCUAGCGGAGCUUGGCAUUGCGCCGUACGAAGACAUUCUGACUCGACACUUCACGUACUUUGGGCUUGUUAACGACGGGCUUCUCAAGCUGGUCGAUAGUUGCAAGCACAAUACUCUGAGAAAAGCGUCAGCAAUAGCUGAGGUUGCGGUAAGGAACCAACCCGAGCUGAGAUUCGAGGUAUGGGGGAAGGAGCUUGGUGAGGCUGCAUUAGAAAUGAUAUCUGGAAUGACAAGACCGGAUCCGGCGGCUAGACUAACCAUCGACCAAGUCUUGGGGUGCUCAUGGUGGCAAGAGCAUUAAUAAGAGAGACCAAGCUCAAGCAAAACAUGUACUCUCUGCCUGGUGCUCGGCAACUUCCUGUCAAAGCUUAAUAGAUGUUAAGGUAACUUACCUAGGUCAGGUGGCUUGUUGUGAUAGAGCUGUCUUUCACAGGU